ACAUCCCCACGCUCACGUCUCUCCUCAGAUGAGAGCCAUGCAGCGCAGAGUCUCAUCUGUUGCCCUGCUCCUUGAGUUCUGGGUGCUCUCUGCCUGUGCACUCCAUCAGUAUCAUCAGGUCACAAUUCUGCUGAAUUGGUCUGAUGCCCAGAGCUACUGUAGAGAGCACUUUGUUGACCUGGCGACCUUAGACAGCAUGGAAGACAUGCAGGGUCUGAAUGAGCAGAUGAAAGACCAGAUACUUCCUGGAUCAUGGCUUCGGCUAGGAUUGAAAAGAGACAGUAAUGGCAGCAGCUGGAAGUGGUCGGACCAAUCAACAUCCUCCUUCAGCUACUGGGGGAGUGGCCAACCAUAUGAUCGCUCUGGCUGGGACUGUGUCAACAUAGUGUGGUCUAUCAGUGAUUCAGGGCUGUUGUACGCACAGACGUGUUCUGCAAAAAUGUAUUUUCUUUGCCACAACGGGAACAUUGAUAUGAAACCUACUAAGGUGAAGCUGGUGGGGAGAGUGGAACUGGUUCCUAAUUCACCUUCGGACUUAGAGGAUCCUGCCAUGCGGACUCCAUCUUGCAGCAAAUGAAGGGAGCUGGGAGGAUCCCAGAGCACAGCACGCUGAGAUGGAAGAAGCAGAAGGAUGGGAAGGUUUUCCACAAGAAGGAGGGAGGAAGAGGAGACACGUGUCACUAACAAGUCAUAUUUUUGAGCUUGGCCAUGGAAGCUCAACCAUCUUGAAGCAGGCGAGCUAAACUGUAGCUUUGUAUUUGUGGUUAUGGCAUUUCUUGUGUUCAUUACAAUUUGAACUCUUGUUUUCUGAAGUUUUUCAAUGUUGGUUGACAGGAGAUUUCUGCAACAUAAGCCAAUUGCCAAGGAAAAUAUGACUAAGGAUAGUUUGAACUUUUUAUUGAAACAAAAAUAUUUACGUUUUUGUGUUGUUUCACGCAACAAAAAAAUGCAGAUGAUAAAAACGUGCUGGUCUGAAGAACAAACUAAAAUAAAUUAUGAAAACAGUC